GGAUACUAUUGCAUCAGCUGUACGGUUGCAAUGUCGUUCGAUACGGAGACCAAGUGAUCAAGACCAGUGUUCCUAAUAGUAUCAAUGAGUCCGAGGCCGAGGCAAUGAACUUCGUCCGUGAAAACACAACAAUACCAGUUCCACGUGUACAUUCCGUCACACCCACAUCAAUUACGAUGGACUAUAUCGAAGGGAUUCCUCUACAUGAUGCGUGGAAUGACUUAUCUGACACUGAGCGGAAUGAUAUCAUUUCAAUUACGUGAUUAUAUCAAUCAGCUGCGAGCCGUAGAAGGGUCAUAUAUCGGUGGGCUUGGAAGAAAACCCGUUGUCGAUACCCGCCUUUUCGGAGAAGAUGGCGGACCGUUCCGCUGCGAGGCAGAGUGGAAUGAGUUCUUAUUAGAAGUUUUAGUUGGGACAUGCCCCCAGGUCCUCAAGACUAUGAUCAGAAGCCAGCUGCGACAAGACCACAAGAUUAUUUUAACACAUGGCGACCUUCACCCCUCAAAUAUACUUAUUCGAGAUGGAAGAAUUGUAGCCCUCAUAGAUUGGGAGAGAGCUGGCUCCUAUCCUGAGUAUUUGGAACUAAUAAGCGUUCUCCGUGGCGCAUCUUGGAGGGCUGGUUACUAUCAUGCUCUAUUUGAUAUCUUUCCUUGCCGCUAUGAUGCCGAGUAUAUAGUGGAUCAAUUCAUAGGCCGCCUUUCAGGGCGAUGAUUGUGCCCAAGACGGUCUGAUAUUCCAAAAUCCGGUCAUCUCUUCUCGGACGGGAGUGGGCCUCACGGCCCCUGCAGUGCGCACGAGGGAUCAAGUCAAGGCAGCAAUGAGUGCUCUAAGCUCUAUCUCGUAAACGAUUUAGCGGUGAGCUGAAUAUACGUUGCUUGACUCUACCUACGUCU